UGACGUCACUGCCGGCCGGACGCCAUCUUGCUGGUUUGCGGCCGGGGCUUGGAUGUGGCCCCGGCCGUGGUGAGGGCGUUGGGGAAGGGUGGGGUGAGGGGGCGAGGCCGCGACGAGGGCGGCGAAACUCUCCUCCCCUUGGCCCCACCGCGUGGGACGGCGUGGACUCGGUUUCGGAGGGAUGUCCGCCUUUUCUGAGGCGGCGCUGGAGAAAAAGCUGUCGGAGUUGAGCAACUCGCAGCAGAGCGUGCAGACCUUAUCCCUGUGGCUCAUCCACCACCGCAAGCACUCGCGGCCCAUCGUCACCGUGUGGGAGCGGGAGCUGCGGAAAGCCAAACCCAACAGGAAGCUUACUUUUCUCUACCUAGCCAAUGAUGUCAUUCAGAACAGCAAAAGGAAGGGGCCAGAAUUUACAAAAGAUUUCGCACCAGUUAUAGUGGAAGCUUUUAAACAUGUUUCAAGUGAAACUGAUGAAAGUUGUAAGAAGCAUCUUGGAAGAGUGUUAUCUAUUUGGGAAGAAAGAUCUGUUUAUGAAAAUGAUGUAUUAGAACAACUUAAGCAAGCUCUGUAUGGUGAUAAAAAGACAAGGAAGCGAACUUAUGAGCAAAUAAAGGUGGAUGAAAAUGAAAACUGUUCCUCUCUGGGAUCUCCAGGUGAACCACCACAGACUCUAGAUCUCGUUAGAGCAUUACAAGAUCUAGAAAAUGCAGCUUCAGGUGAUGCAGCAGUUCAUCAAAGGAUAGCUUCCUUGCCUGUCGAAGUGCAAGAAGUAUCCCUACUUGAUAAAAUAACAGAUAAAGAAUCUGGAGAAAGGCUUUCUAAAAUGGUAGAGGAUGCUUGUAUGUUGCUGGCAGAUUAUAAUGGCAGAUUGGCGGCAGAAAUAGAUGAUAGAAAGCAGCUCACUCGAAUGUUAGCAGAUUUUCUUCGUUGUCAAAAGGAAGCCCUUGCAGAGAAAGAACAUAAAUUGGAAGAAUACAAGCGCAAGUUAGCCAGAGUUUCUCUGGUGCGCAAAGAACUCAGGUCCCGGAUCCAGAGCCUGCCAGAUUUAUCUCGAUUGCCCAAUGUUACUGGCAGCCACAUGCAUCUGCCCUUUGCGGGAGACAUCUACAGUGAAGAUUGAUGACCAGUCUUUUUCCAGAGCCCAGGACUUUGCAAGAGAUGAAGACAGGUUAGGUGGAUAGUCCUGUAGUGUUAUUUUUGUAUAUUGUUGGGAAUGGUACUAACAAAAGAAAUAAGUAAUUUAUAAAAUUGUUUAAAAUGUUGGUUUGUUUACUAUUUUAUUGGUAAGUUAACAUGACUUAGUUUAAACAAGGUGAUGAUCUCUUAAUAUUAAUAAGUCAUAAAUAGUGAUUAUUUUCAGAAGAUCUUUUUGUAAAUUUUUUUGAUCCAGGGCCUCUUGUGAGAAAUUCCAUGUCUCUUUUGAAUUGUUUUUCUUUAUUUUUUUUCAGUAUCUAAUCACUGUAUACUAUGUAAUUCCUAAGGGGAAGAACUAAUCAGGAGCUAGUUGAGACUUUAUUAUGGUAUGGUGAGGACUUGACUAUAGAAGGGACUAAGUGUUCCAACUUAAUCUUCACCCUUCUCCCCAACCCAGAUACUGGUUCUGUGCCUCUCCAGGUUCCUUAUUCCCUAGAGGUCUAUAAUUUAACACUAUAUAUGGAUGCCCCUUGGAGAGCCAGAUCAAAGCCUAGAGAUCUUUUCCCUGUAGCACUGUAGGAAUUCCAUUCCACCUGCCAAGGUAGACUAAAAAGAUUAUUAAAUAAGGAAUCCCUUGAUUGUAUUGUUUAGAAUUGAGGAGAUUAAUAAGAAAAUGCUUUGAGAAUGUUACAAAUUUUGACUCUCUACCAAGAGAACAACUUCAGUUCUAGAACUGAUUUGUAUUUGUCAAAUCAGUCUCCUUUUAACAAUUGAUCCAUUCAAUAAAAAGUCAUUUAUGGGAUUAAAGGAAACAUAAAAUAAUGAUACUUUUAUUAUUCCACAUAACUUAAAAUUACAAUAUUUUUAGUUCUAAUGACUCAAGAACACAAUAUUCAUUAACAUACAGUAAAGUAGCCUCAAACAUUUUUAAUGUUUCCUUAAGGUUUUUGAAAGACUAUAUUUGGAAAUAUAGCAGUGCUACACUACAGGGUAGAUCUGGUAAAUUUUAUAUUUGUAUGUUUACAAAUGUAAAUACAAAACAAAUGUACUUUUACCUUUUAUCUCUAACCCUGUGUGUUAGAGCAGUUGCAUGUUCCCCAGCUUUCUUUUUAAGUUACAUUGUUAAGCUGUGGAUUUGUAUUCAGUAAUGACUUAGGAUAAACAUUUUUCUCAUUCAUUGCUUUAUAUAUUAGACAUUUCUCAUUGCAAGCAGAUUCAAAUUAGAUAGGUACUAUAACACCUUUUAAAUCCCACAAGCCAAUUAUGUCUUACUUCUAUGAAUGGCUUUACUCUGUUUCUUUUUCAGUAUUAGAGACUAUAGAUAAAAUGAAUUUACAAGUGUAGGAGAAGGCAAAUAUUUAUUUUAAUAGCCAAUAGUUCUGGAAACAGUGCUUUUAACAAUUUGACCUCUCCAAAACAGAGAUUCAUAUAAGUAGUCAUCCCAUCCAAAUAUGUAUGUCUAGUAUUCCAAAGUGUUUUAGACAACUUUUGGGAGUUAGGACACAUUUUCUCACAGGAAUAAUAGGUUCUCUGCACACAACUAGCACUGAAAGGUUACCUGGGAACCUAAUCCACUUAACCAUGAAUGUACUUAACUUGUAAUAUGGUUGAUAAGUUACUAAUUGUAGAUCCUGACCAGCAUUUGUAACAUCACUCUUAGGAAACUGUGUGUGGUAGCUGGACUCACACAUUGGGGUGUCUGCCUGUGCUGUGUACCUCUGUCCCUAGGUAUAGGAAACAGAAGAAAAGACUCAGCAAAGGAGGGAGGUAACAAAUGCACAAUUAUAAAACCUGGUUAUAACUGUUAUGAAAGUAUACCAAGUAAGUUAGUUUUUGUUGUUAAUGUGAAAGCAAAAACUUGUAUGUUAACUUAUUUUCAAUAUCUUGACCUUAUUUAUGAUCUGCUAAAGUGGUGGUUUAUCCAUUCAAAAUAUAUAUUUUUUCCAUUUAAAACUAAUUUAUAAACUAUAAUUGCAAGAUUUAAAAUCUUUUAGAAGUUUGUUGAGAUAUUUUCACCAUUUAAGACAGACUUCUGACUUAGAUACUGAUUUUAAUGCCAGUAUCUGCUCUAAAUAUUUAUGAUAAAAAUGCAUUAUUUUUUUAAAGAGCUUGAUGAGAUUUGUGAUAAGUGAUAGUACUCAAGAACCUGACUCCCACCCCUUGACCAAUCCUCCGCAAACCUCAGUUGUUAGUUAGCUCACUAACUGAACACAAACUAUCCUGUUUUAGAAGUCAUGUUUUCAGCCUUAUAGUUGUUAACAUGGUAAGCCUUAGCAGAGAAUAGUCGUCCUUCCUAAAAGGACUAGGUGUUCUCAAGAAAUGGGGUUAGGUGGGGGUACUGUAAUACCAAAUUCUAAAUCAUGAGCAUUUUCUCCACUGUGUACCUGAGGCAGAUCAUGCAUCUGAGUGCAGUUUGGCCCGGCCCCUCAAGAGGAAAGCCUGUCAGCAUCCUUGCAGUAGGUGCUGUGCUUUGAAUGGGUACCAUCACUCUUCUCCACAGACAGUAUAGAGAGCUGUCUGCAGUGGCAAUUUGAACACAUUUCUUGGCACUCCCUCUGUUCCUUCCUUCAUUACAUACAGUAAAUGAAAGAACCAUAAGAGUGACUGGAGUCUGAGAAAAACAGUUGUACUCUAUAGCCAACUUCCUCCUGAGAAAACCAUUCCAUAUGCACUUGUUUUGGUACUUCUUUCACAUGCACUCUGAAUCAGGGUUUUUCUAUAAGAAAUCCUUUAGAAUCAGCAAAGGCUGGGAUGAUCCAGUCGUCUUGAUUUGCAAAAUUAAAAGAACACAUCUAGGUUGUCAAUUGUCACUGUAGAUGAGCAACUUAUCUUUUACAGUAGAGUUAUUGAACUGGUUCUGAGAACUGUUUAGAGAAAAAAAAAUUCAAAAGUACAGAUGAACUAAUUGGGAAAGUUGAAGGUCCUUUCUGAAUUUCCCACUCUAAAAAUUUACAUUAUAUGAAAUGACAUAAAGCUUCUAAACUGCUUUGUAUUCUAUUAAGAAAUAGCUCCUAAAGAUGUAGUCUUGUUUCAUAGUUGUUGCACUAUAUCAGAGCUUUUAAAAGUGUAAAUCCAGUUCUUCUCUGUAUAGAAAGGGAACAUUGUGUUAAUGAAUUUAUUUAUACAGAGCAUUUGUUGCCAACUGUGUAAUUCCAGCCAUCCACAGGAGUCUGUUCUGAGGUGGCAAUAGCACAUGGGAAGAUGAACUCUCCCAGUUUGUUUACCCGUUUUUCUUUGGCUGUAUCUGAUGACAGUAUAAGAUGUUCUUAAUAAAGUUUUAUGUUCUUUUUGAA